AUGGCGAGCAACGGCGAUGAAUCACCCAGAUCCGGCGCCGGGGCAGCGAACGAGAACCCUGCGUCCGCUGCAGACCAGCUGCCGAUGACUUCCAGUCAAAAUUACACGGACGACGACGGCGUCGAGGCUGAAAUAAUCAGAGAUGAAGAAGAAGACAACAUCGACGACGAGGAAGGAGAGGACCUCUUAAACGACCAAUUCAUGAAGUCGGGUGAUUUCCGGAAGAUAGGAAUGCAGGACCAGUACGAAACCUUGGGUCUGGAUGAUUCCAUGGAGGAUGAUAGGGAUUUCUACCAGAUUAUGGCUGACCGCAAGUAUCCCCAGAUUCUUCACAACCAAGACACCAAUGAUGAUGAAGAGAGGCUGCCAAUAAUCACUAGAGGUUCACCUGGUAGAUCACAAGGAGGGAACUUCAGAGAUGAUGUAUCCAUGACUGAUAUGGACGAUGAUGAAGAGAAUGAGGAAAGUGAGUCUGAGAUGUAUAGAGUUCAAGGAACCCUCAGAGAGUGGGUUAUGAGAGAUGAAGUGAGGCGUUUCAUCGCCAAGAAGUUCAAGGAGUUCUUGCUUACUUAUGUGAAUCCAAAAUAUGAGCAUGGAGACUUUGAGUAUCUAAGGCAGAUAAAUGAAAUGGUGGCGGUUAACAAGUGCUGUCUGGAGAUUGAUUACAUACAAUUUCUCUCUACCCACACGAUCAUUGCAAUCUGGCUUGUAGAUGCUCCUUCGGUCCUCGAGGUUAUGGAAGAAGUUGCCAGUAAGAUUGUUUUCCAGUUUCAUCCAAAUUACAGCAAAAUCCAUCAAAAGAUAUAUGUGCACAUCACCAACCUGCCCCCGUAUGAUCUAUGGUAACUAAAUUUCACAGGCGGAUACGCCUGCAAAAGCUUCUUUCCUUCAAGAGGCAUCAGCAGAUGCUGAUGGAGGGGACUGCAUGACUUCUUUUUUUUUUGUUCAGUUCCAUAGUUAUAUAAGAUCAGGCUCUUGUUUACAAGUAUAAUAUCUGCAUUGGAAUUUAUGUAGUUUAUAAUAAUAUCUAUUCUUAGUUUUAUUGUUGGUCCAAUUCAUACAUUAGUAUUGUUACCAUUUUUUAUAAGCACACUCAUUUUA